UCGUGGCUUGCGCAUAUCUAUCGUACUCUGAACCUGUGCACAGUUUUUUGUUUUUAUUUAAAUAAACUAUAAUUUAAGAGUGUUUAUUGAACGAAUCUCGAACGAAAAUGUGCCACUAGUCUGGAGCGAAACGACACCUGAAGUAGUUCCCGCAUUCGACUUGAUCAAAACCGAGUCAGUAUGUCACUGAAAGGCGGCCUUGUGGCCGGCUUGUUUCUGCGAUUACUAGUCCUGGCAACGGCACAGUUGCCUGGGGACCUCCCGAAAGGCCAACUGGAGCAAGGACAGCCCAUGCAGCCCCAGUCAUAUCAGCCCAGCUACAACAAGGACUACUCGCCGCGCUACAAUCCGCUAUACACGGGGCAGCAACCGAAUCCGGACACCACGCAGUACGACAAUCCCCUGUUGGACAAGCAGAACCCAAACAGCUACAACACGUACUACGAUGGCAAUCGGCAGAUGGGCGCCGGCGUCGGUGUCGGUGGCGGAGGCAUCGGAGGUCUCGGAGGCAACAACAUAGGCGGACCUGGGAACAGUCUGGGUGGCGGCUUGGGAGGACUGGGUCCUCAAUACGAUCCCUUCAAUCGAAACAAUGUUGGCGCAGGAGGAGUCAGCUAUAGGGACAUGUACAGCGACGAAGAUAACUUUUGUCCAGAGUAUUGGGUUUCGUUCAGGCAAACUUGUUACCGCUUCAUACGCUCGCCAAAGCGCAACUGGGCGGAGGCGAAGAAGAUUUGCAAGGCCUACAAUGCGGAUCUGCUGAACGUGGACAAUCUGGAGAAGCAUGCGUUCAUACUCAAGAAUCUGAUAUUGCAGAACCAUCGGCAGAAUCGCUUCUUCAUCUCCGCUCGCCAGACGGGCCCCCAGAAUUGGGUCAACGAUGACAACACUCAGCUGGUGCAGAUCGACGACUCGUUUUCCUUUGACGAAGAGCAGCCCUGGGAAAACGAGGAUCUGCACGACAACAGAUUUCUGGUGCAGAACGACAUAAACAACCGGAAUCGGCAACUGAAUCAGAACAAUCCCAAUCAGUUCUACAAUGCAGUUCCUGGCAAUGUUAACCAACGAAACCAAAAUAAUCUGCGUGGCUUCAUCGGUCCCAACCAGCCCUAUGGAGACUUUGGCUAUGCGCGUGACCGCGUUGUCUAUGCCUACUCAAAGAAGCGGGAUCGGUGGAUGUUUAUGCCGGCCUACGAAAUCGAAAUGAAUCUUUUCAUCUGCGAGUCCCGAGUGCUGUACAGUCCGGACAAUGUCAAUAUUAAGCUGGACGACAAGCGGCCAUAUCACUAUGGCCUGGACAUAAGGGACAUUGAGCGCAUACCCCGCGGACCGUACUUUGUCAAGCAGCCGAAUGACACCACCUUCGACGUAAACAAGAAUCGUCUGAUCAACGAUGUGACACUGAGCUGCCUGGCCGGCGGCUUCCCCACACCGUCCUAUUACUGGUACCGCGAGGUGUAUGUGAAUGAUACGCUGGAAUACCAGAAGAUUGACCCUAUGGCGCAGGAUCGCUACACGAUAUCGGGGGGCAAUCUAAUCAUAUACGAGCCCAAGCAGGCCCUCGACCAAGGAGCCUACCACUGCGUGGCGGAGAAUAAGUUCGGCCGCAUCCGGUCGGAGAGUGCGCACUUAAACUUUGGUUUCAUCAUGGAGUUUAAUCUUAAGCGUUCGGCAGAGACCAGCGAGAUGAACUGGGGGAAGUCGAUAUUCUGCGAUCCACCGCAACAUUACCCAGACGUUCGCUACUACUGGGCCCGCGACUAUUUCCCGAACUUUGUGGAGGAGGACCAACGGGUGUUUGUCUCCCGCGACGGAGCCCUCUACUUCUCGUUCAUCGAGACGGUGGACAGGGCCAACUAUUCGUGCACUGUGCAGACUCUGGUGUCGGACACGGGUCGCAAUGGGCCAUUCUUCCCCCUGCGCGUGACGCCCAACAGCAACUACCAGGCUCUGAUAUUUGCCAACACCUUCCCAAAGGUCUUCCCGGAGGCACCAGUGGCCGGCAAUGAGAUCCGCCUCGAGUGCGUGGCCUUCGGCUAUCCCAUACCAUCGUACAAUUGGACGCGCAAGGGCCUGCCAUUGCAGCGCAACGCCUACACGGCCAACUACGGGCGCGUUCUGAUCAUUCAGAAUGCAACCACCAACGACAAUGGCGAGUACAGCUGCACCAUUAGCAACCCGCGCAAGACGCUGGAGAAGAGCAUCUACAUAAACAUCCAGAUGCGACCCGAAUUCACCAUCCCCCUGAAGGACAUGAUCAAGGACUACAACAGCGAUGUGACCUUUAUCUGCGAGGCGUUUGCCAUUCCCGACGCCAACUACACGUGGUACAAAAACGCCGAGCGACUCGACCCGUUGACCAUCAAUCGGGAUCGCUAUGUGAUUCAGGAUAACGUGUUGACUAUCAAGUUUCUGGAGAGGGAGAAGGACGAAGGCAUGUAUCAGUGUGGAGCCCAGAACCAGCUGAAGACCUCCUUCUCCUCGGCCCAGCUGCGAGUACUCUCCAUGAAGCCAUCCUUCAAAAAGCAUCCACUCGAGUCCGAGAUCUAUGCCGUUUACAACGGCAACACAACGAUCGUCUGUGACCCCGAGGCAGCUCCGCGGCCAAAGUUCCAGUGGAAAAAAGACGGACAGCUCUUGGGCUCUGGCGGACAUCGCCGCAUCUUGCCCAGCGGCACAUUGAUCAUAUCACCCACCUCUCGCGACGAUGAGGGCAUGUACACGUGCAGUGCCUCAAACCAGGCCGGCACAGACGAGUCCCAUGCUCGCGUCAUUGUUCUACAGGAAAUACGCUUCAUCCAAACACCGCCCCAGCGCAUCGUCACUAAGGAGCAUGAUCUGAUCUACCUUCACUGCGAGGCCGCCUAUGAUGAGCUGUUGGACAUUGCCUAUGUCUGGAAGCACAAUGGGGAGCUUCUAAAGAACAACCAUGACGGCACUUUGCGCAUUAUUGUCGACUGGAACAGGUUGACGGUGCACAACACCACCAUGCGGGAUGCCGGCGACUAUGAGUGCGUCGUCAAGUCGGCCGUCAAUGAGAUCAGCAGCAAAACCAGCGUGGUCAUCGAGGGAGCACCUGGCGCCCCAGGCGGCGUCCAAGUGAUUCAGAUUAGCAAGACGAAAGCGAUCAUCGAGUGGGUGGACGGAGCGAAUAAUGGCCGGGCUAUCCGCUACUACAACAUCCUGGGUCGGACCAACUGGAACCGCACCUGGGUGAAUGUGUCGACACAUGUGCAGGCCCGUGAAGUCGAUCGCUACACAUCGCGGCAGCAGGCCGAGGUGACCAACCUGACUCCAUGGUCGGCCUACGAGUUCAGUGUUACGGCUGUGAACGACCUGGGCAUCGGUACGCCCUCGGCUCCCUCGCCAAUAUACAGCACGUACGAAGAUAAGCCUUACAUAGCACCAAGAAGAGUGGGAGGCGGCGGUGGCAAGAUCGGGGACUUGACCAUCACCUGGGAUCCCCUUCUGCCCGAGGAGCAGCACAGCCACGGCAUACGCUACAAGGUAUUUUGGAAAUUGAAGGGCGCCCUGGAGUGGGCAUCGGACGAGAUAAAGAAACAGAACAUGGGCAUAGCCGUGGUGAAUAUUCCACUCAACAACUACUACACCGAAUACGAAGUCAAGGUGCAGGCCAUCAACAGCAUUGGCAAGGGGCCAGAGAGUGAGGUCGCUAUUAUUCAUUCUGCAGAGGACAUGCCCCAAGUGGCGCCGCAAAAGCCGUUUGCUCUGGCCUUCAAUUCGACCUGCUUCAACGUCACUUGGCAACCCAUUGACAUGUCCCGUGAGAAUAUCCGCGGCAAGCUGAUUGGUCAUCGGUUGAAGUACUGGAAGACGACGCACCAGGAGGAAGAUUCCGUGUACUACCUGUCACGGACAACAAGAAAUUGGGCGCUGAUUGUCGGUCUGCAACCCGACACCUAUUACUUUGUCAAAGUGAUGGCCUACAAUGCUGCAGGCGAGGGACCCGAGAGCGAACGAUUCGAAGAACGCACCUAUCGCAAGGCCCCACAGAAGCCGCCAUCUUCGGUGCAUGUUUAUGGAAUAAAUCCGUCCACCGUGCGAGUUGUAUGGCGAUAUGUAUCACCCUCGCAGGACGAGGAGCCGAUUGAAGGCUACAAGGUUCGCAUUUGGGAAACGGACCAGAACAUGAUCACUGCCAACAACACUAUCGUGCAAGUAGGGCAAAAGCUGGAGUCGUACAUCAAAACCCUCACGCCUGGCAAGAGUUACAACAUGCGUGUGCUGGCCUUCAGCAACGGAGGCGACGGUCGCAUGUCCAGUCCCACGCUGCGCUUCCAAAUGGGCAAGACCACGCGCAAUGCCGCAAACACGCGCCAUGGCCAUAACAUUAAUACGGCGCUGAUCAUGAGCGUAUUGCUCUUUAUCACUACCUUCUUUUACACAAAUCACUAAGUUUAGGACAAAUCAGGAAGCUUAUCAGCUUAUUAGGCAGUAAGAAACGAAGAGCCGUCCAGGACUAGACAAAGCGCAGAGCUUUAUCGACUACACACACACAAACAAACCCAAGAGUCUCGUUUAGAAGAUAGCAUUCCGCAUUUUCUUGAAUACCCAAACGUAACGAUUUCGAAUUGAAUACAAUUGACGUGUCGUAUACGUACAUAUGCAUAUGCACAAACAUCAAAAAACAUAUAUAUACAUAUGGUAGCAAGUUAAGAAAGUGACCUUAUAUAAGAAUAAGUAGCCCAAAAUGGGGGAAAACAUAAACCUUUUACAAAUCAUUUUUGAACAUAUUUUUUGAUCUAGCAACGAAACAAUUGUAUUAGUGUAAGCAGAAAUCAGGUUUCUGAUUUUCUUUAUCAUUAUUUUUUGUGUCCAUUAUUUUGUGCUGUUUUUAUACCAACAAACUUCAUGUAAAUGCAAAACCGUCCAAUUUAAAAAAGAAUAAAAAUAAAAAUGUUUUCAUUUAUUUAA